AUGGCGGAUCAAAAUAACAGUAACUACGAUGAAGAAGAAGAGUACUCAAUCAUGACCUGCAAUUUGCCGAAAGACGCAGUGGUGCAGAUACUCUUACGGCUUCCCGUUAAGGUGUUGCUCCGGUUUAGGUCUGUCUGCAAAUCAUGGUACAAUUUCCUCAAAAGCCCUAAUUUCAUUAAAUUACACCUUACUCAUCAAAUCUCUCGUCCUGCUUCACCCAUUAUUGCAUGGGAGAAUCAUAGCCGUUUAUGGCCUGAUCUCUUUUUGCUCCAUCUUCAUCCCAUUGCAUGCGACAUUGAGCAAUAUAAUUUCACUAUUAACCACCAAUUGCCUUUACCUUUUGGUACUGAUGACCUUAAGGAUUACGCGGAUUUAGUGUUUUGUUACAAUGGCUUAAUCUGUUUGGUGAAGGAUAUUUAUACCUCACCAGUACUCAUUCUCUGGAAUCCUGCAACUCGGAGAUCGAAAUUCAUUAAUAUACCUUCUGAGUGCUCCAGAUUUACCAGAUCUACUUAUCUACAACUAGGUUCCAGAUCUACUUAUCUAAAACUAGGUUAUGUACAACAAAGUAAUGACUAUAAAAUUUUGAGAGUCCCCUUCGAGACUCGGAGUAACGAUGAAUCAUCGAAAUUGGCUUGGGUUUAUACCCUGAGUUCGGGUUCAUGGAAAACAAUACCGUUCACUCUGCUUAACCAAACUGUUGCUUUGGGACCUCAGAUUUCUCUGAAUGGCUUUGUGUAUUGGUUGGCUAAUUCAUUCUCUGUGGAAUGUAUUGUCUGUUUUGAUUUGAUUAAGGACGAAUUUAAGCUUGUAGACGUUCCUGAUGAUCGUGGAUUUGAUUUUAAACUUGUUCGUAGAAGGCUUAUGGUUCUGAGGGGAUCCCUUGCCAUGAUUGUUUCCGUUGAGGAUGGUUCUAGGGAUACUGAGAUAUGGAUGCUGAGGAAUAAAAUUAGUGGCCUAAAACCAUAUUCUUGGACUAAGGAAUUCAUUAUAGAACCUUUCCCCCAAAGGACAAUCCCGUUGGGAAUCUGGAAUGCUGAUAAGCUUCUCCUCGUUGUUUUACAAACUCGUGUUCUCAAGCAAGUCUACUCUUAUGAUCUGGUUACCAAAAAGAUGGAAUAUUUUCAUGUGCCAAAGGAACAAGAUUUAAGAUCGUUUAUGUCACUGUGUGGGCGCUAUUUUGAGAGCUUGGAACUUGAAGAUGGAUAUGGCCAGAGAUACUGA